CGCCGGCCGCCAGUACCACGGCGACCGUCGCGCGGGACGCACGUACCCACCCACUCCGUGACGGACUCGAACAUCGUAAAAAGUUAUCGAACGACAUGAGGACGAAUUAUGUAAAAUACAAGUAGUGUAAUAAUCAAUUUCAAAUAUUUUUCUGUGUUUGUGAAGAUUUGUGUACUUUACUAUGGCGUUAGCGUGGUGUGUAUUUUUGUGCGCUUGCGCCGGUGUGCUAGGGUUCAAUGUGGACAUACCCUCAAGGGUUGUUUAUAAGGGUAAUCCGAAUUCUAUGUUUGGAUUUACGGUGCAGUCGCACGUUGAUGGCGAUCGGAAAAUGAUCUUGGUGGGUGCUCCGGAGGAUCAGCUGUACUCCGCGUACGAGUACAACGUGACCCGACCUGGUGCAGUGUACCGCUGCGAGCCAGGGUACAGGAACUAUGCUGCUGAGGGGAAUGUCAGGACCCUGGACCGGUGCACUCCUAUGAUCUUCGAUAAGAAUCCAAGAAACAACGCGGAUCGUCAAUUUCGUCAGGUGGACCAGAAAUCGAACCAAUGGUUUGGUGCGACGCUGACCAGCACUGGCAGGAACGGCGCUAUCAUGGCCUGUGCCCCUCGCUACGUGUCUUACGUGUCUGCCAAGCUCAACCAGAGAGACCCAGUGGGCACGUGCUUCGUCGCCAACAGUCCGGACAUGACUGACGUUAAGGAGUUCUCACCGUGCCGAACUUGGCACGUCUCGUUGGACGAGGCAAGUCACGGACAGCGCAAGACUGGCAUGUGCCAAGCCGGUUUCUCGGGAGCCAUAUCAAAGGACGGGCAACGACUAUUCAUGGGUGCACCAGGCAGUUUCUUCUGGCAAGGGCGAACGUUAUCAAUAGAACCGAAAGAAAAGUUCAUCUUCUAUAUGCCGAAAAUACCGGAAGAAGGUCAGCUGAUGUCUCAAUCUAUGGGAAGUCGUCCAGCUCUGAUUGCUACUCCUGAAGCGAGUCCUAAGUAUGAUGACUCUUACAUGGGUUACUCCAUUGCUGUUGGUGAUUUCGCUGGUCAGGGCAUUCAGAGUGUAGCUGUUGGUGUACCCAGAGGAGCUGGACUUAAAGGAUUGGUUGUGCUCUACACUUGGGAGCUUCAAAACAUCAAGAACAUUAGUGGCUCGCAGAUCGGUGCUUACUUCGGCUACAGUAUUGCCUCUGGUGAUAUUGACGGCGAUGGCUUCGAUGACGUCAUUGUUGGUGCUCCAAUGUUCACCAGGGCUAAGACUGAUGGAUUUGAACACGGAAGAAUCUAUGUGAUCUACCAGGAUAAAGAUCGAUCUUUUACAAGGAGUCAUGCCAGGACCGGUGAAGUUUCGCGAGGCAGAUUCGGUUUGGCUGUCACGUCCCUUGGUGAUAUCAACUACGACACUUUCGGAGACAUAGCAGUGGGCGCUCCGUAUGGUGGUGAGAACGGCCGUGGGGUUGUCUACAUCUACCAUGGUAGUGCGAUGGGCAUCCAUGAGAAGUACUCCCAAGCCAUCACUGCUGAGGAGAUCUCCCCCACCUUGACCACCUUCGGAUUCUCGCUCUCUGGAGGAGUGGAUCUGGAUAACAAUAACUACACAGAUUUGGCAGUUGGUGCCUACAAAUCUGAUAGCGUUGUGUUUUUGAAGUCUCGCCCAGUAGUCAAAGUGACUGCUGAAGUGAAGUUCUUAGUUGACAGCAAAUUGAUCUCGCUGACCGACAAAAAAUGUCCUCUCGCUAACGGCACCACGUUUGCGUGUGCGCAGGUUAUGUUUUGCCUCUCAUAUGGAGGCGUUAAUGUGGAUCAGCAGAUUAAAUUUGAGGUGACCCUGGACCUGGACUCCCGGCAGAAGACCACGAAGAGGCUGUUCCUCGCGGAGACCAGGGAGACCACGUACAAGACCCAGAUACUACUGACGCAGGGAGAACAUGAAUGCAAGGAUAUCCUCGUGUACUUAGAUGAUGAAAUCCGUGACAAGCUGACUCCCAUCGAAGUGAAGAUGUCGUACGACCUGGUGAACCAGCCGUCUGGUAACAUCGUGCCGCCAGUCCUCGACCAGACUCACAGCAUCAUGCACACAGACUCCCUCAACAUCCAGAAGAACUGCGGCGCUGACAACAUCUGCAUUCCUGAUCUGAAGAUGGCUGCUACCACCCCUACAGUCAACUACGUGCUAGGAUCUGGUGAAAACCUCCACAUUGAUGUUAAAGUGGAGAACUCUGGUGAAGAUGCCUUCGAAGCCGCCUACUACCUGAUGAUUCCUCCAGGAGUGACAUACGCUAAGAUGGAACGUCUGGACAAGGAUGCAGACACCCUGAUAUACUGCUCCAUCACCAACAGAUUCCCUGAUGGAAACACCACUUUGAAAUGUGACCUCGGAAACCCCAUGGCUAGUGGACAAAAGGUAAACUUCCGUCUGAUCUUGGAAGUAGACGCUCGCGUGACCACGCUGAGCUUUGACAUGGAAGCGAACUCCACCAACGUGGAACAGGACACCAUGUACGACAACUCCAUGCAUAUGAACAUCGGCGUCGUGGUCAGGGCACACCUCUCUAUCAUUGGAACUUCAGACGCGCCUGAACUGCACUACAACGCUUCGCAGUACGAAACACAAAACAUCAAGGACGACACUAAACUUGGGCCUCAAGUGAUUCACAAAUACAACUUGAAGAAUGAGGGGCCAUUCACGGUUGAGGAAGCCGAGAUAUACUUCAUGUGGCCCUACCAGACCCUUGAAGGCGAAAAUCUCAUGUACAUGUUGGUGCAGCCCCAAUAUCUGGGAGACGUCAAGUGCGACAUAGCGCGACACAUUAACGAUGCCAACUUGUUUGUGGAGAGACCUUACGAAUUUCUGCUGUCGAAAGAGAGGGAAGCUAUGAUGAGUAGCGAAUUCUACACUGCAUCGCAAACUUCGGGAGGUGGUGGAUAUUAUGGACAAGUGUACUGGGAUGAUUUAUCCAAUGGCGGUCAAUACAACUACCAAAGUAAUACUGGUGUCAACUUAGGAGGUUCUGGGUAUGGUACUGGACAAUCCAGUCAUUCCAGUGGAAGCUCGAGCUCCAGCUCCACUCAUUUUAGUAGCAGCAGCAGCCAAAGUGGAGGACAAAUUAUUAGCGGUCAGACUAACAGUGGACAAUUUAGUGGUAGCCAGAGCGGCAGUGGGCAAUUCUCUGGCACCCAAGGUGGCAAUGGGCAAUUUGUUACCAGCCAAACUGUAAGUGGACAGUUCAGUGGAAACCACGGUACCAAUGGACAAUUCAGCGGUAACCAAGGAUCGUUAGCACACCAAGGUGGCCAUUUUGGUGGUCAAAAUCAAGGCCAGCAAGGCACUUUUACAUUCAACCAAACCUGGAGCUCUUUUGAAGACAGUGAAGACCUGACUGCAGAACAAAAAGAAGAAAUCAGGAAGAAACUGGCGGCUGCUCUUGCUUCCGGAUCUAGUCAAGGUAGCUGGAGCUCCCAAAAUGGGGCCUUCGGUGGUCUCGGACAAGGCUCCAUCGUGAAAUACAAGAAUAAGACAAUCAUUUAUGAUGCUAAUCACAACAUUAUUUCGGAAUUUGAGACAAGCACUGAAUAUGCAAAUCUUGGACACGAAGGAGAAGCUGGUAGCUCUUUCAAUGUAUACGCUAACCAUGGUGGUGUUAACCAAGUAUCUUCACAAGGGCAUAAUCAAGGUUCUUGGCAGCAAAGUUCUCAGGGUUCCGGCAUUUACUCACAAGGAUCCGGCUAUAACCAGGGAUCAGGAGUUUACAGUCAGGGAGCUGGAAGCUAUAAUCAAGGAUCUGCAACAUACAACCAAGGUUCUAGCACCUACAACCAAGGAUCAGGGUCUUAUGGUUCUACAGGAUCAAGAGGCUUCUCAGAAGAUUCAAAUCAGGGACAAGGUUUCGUCCACAGAUCAUGGGCAACCACAGAAACUGUCAACCCCGACAUCGCUAAUGCCGGUUCAGCUACUUUCAGAGGAUCCUCCAGCGUUACUGUUGUAGGAGAUGAAGAAGAAGACAAGCUUGAAGGUUUCGGAGUUAAUGCUGCGUAUAAUCCUAAUAACGAGUUUAAGUAUGGCAUUGCCGACGUCAGUGGCAGUUCUGGCGGAAACCAGAGAAGUUCAGCUGACGCGGCACAUGGUGGAAGCUACCAAGCUGGAGGUGUAAUGCAUCAGAGUGGUGGAGGAAGGUACCAGAGUGGUGAAGGAAGGUAUCAGAGCGGUGGUGCUACUUACCAAAGCGAAGGCGGAACCUAUCGCAGCGGUGGCAGUGGAUACUCUUACUCUGCAUCAUCGUCUUCAGGUGGACAUACGUCAUACAGCAGUCACUCUGGUAAUGGAUUCAGUCCUUCUGAACGUCGUGAGAACACCAGGAGGAGGCGUCAGGAUCAAGUGGAUCCACAGUUGAAGCAGAUUCUGGAAAAAUGUGAGGAAAAGUACAAGUGCGAAGUGCUGAGAUGUACCACUGGUCGUAUGAUGAAGGGGCAGGAGGCUUGGUUUGCAUUCAGGUCGAGGAUCAACGCGUCCGUGCUUAGUGAGAUCUCCAAGGAUCGCGCAGUGAUCCUUUCGACAUUAGCUGCAGCGCGCGUUUCACGACUGCCCAUGGUGGGUAGGCCGACAGACCGAACCUGGCACACAGCAGAAGCCCAGACCCUCAUCACACCACGACUCGAGGCUCUGGACAGCGGCACCAUCCCACUCUGGGUCGUUAUACUUGCCGCAAUCAUUGGUGCUCUCCUACUUCUACUGCUCAUCUUCGCACUCUACAAAUGCGGAUUCUUCAAGAGGAACCGCCCCUCGGACCACGCUGAGCGACAGCCCCUGAAUGGGCGUGACGAACAUCUUUGAUAUCCGACCACUGAUCUGGGCGUCACCAGCGAUACAGCCGGGACGUCUGAAGCGGGUGCCACGUCCGACUCGCUCGACGACAGCUCGUCGACUGAUGCUGCCAGUGACGUCACGAGUCGCGACUCCACUAGCUUCGAUAGGUACUGACAUCACAAAAUCAAUGUUUAUGAAUUUUAAAUAACGUUCAUUUCACUAAGAUGACUGUCAUUUCUUUUGGCAUUUUCAGUAUAGCACGUAGGUAUGUUUUAAAGAAGAGUCUUUAUGCACCACUGCCUACUAGUAUCCCUGUUCAAAUUCAAAUCCGAUAUUGUUCGUCAACAGAAUUUACAUUUGUACAAAAGGUGCGAACUAAGUUUAUUUGAAAAAAUAAUAGUAUGGAGCUGUAUUUUUUGUAUUCACUUUUUAACAUAAAUAUAAAAAGUUGUCGUUUUGUUCAAAGCAGUUGGUCCGAUGUGAUUGUAAAAAAGUUAAUAUGUUAUUUUUAUGAUACAAUAGUUUUACCUCAUGACAAAACGAAUUUUCCCAAGCUUUUCAUGUCCAUUUUACAAAGAAAAUGGAAGGUUUAAAAAUAAAAUAUUUUUCUCUAACCUAAUAUGUAUAAUUAAACCUAGUCACGAAUAAAAAAAUAUUUUUCGGACGCUAUACUAGAAGAUAAAAAGAAGUAUGCAAAGGCUCUAGCCUUUGCAUACUUCUUUUUUUAUACUUAUACUUCUUAUUUUCUAUAAAUUUAAAUAAUUUAAAAUGAACAGUUUUAAAUAAUAUUUAAUUUAUUUAAAACGAAUUAUGUUUCUUAACAUAAAUGAAUGGAAGAUGAAAUCUUAUAGUGUGAUAAUAAUUACAAUUGUAAAAAUGCGUGUAUGUAUGUAUGUAAGUGAGUUGUUAAAAAUGUGAUUUAAGUUAAUAACUAGGUUUACUAAAAGUGGUAGAUAACAUAAAAAAUGUUGGAGGUGUAUCGAAUAUAUAUUAUUUCAUUUAUAUUAAAAUAUAAAACGUAGUCACGUGUGGUUUCUUUAUUUAUAUGAUAAAAAAAUAUGAUCCCUGUUCGGUACACUUUCGACUUAGCCUCGAAUACAUAGCUAAUGGUCUAUUGUAAUAAUAGUAAUAAGGUUGCUUUGCAAUUAAUAAAAUUGUAUCAAUCAUUUCAGGGGACAAUAUUAUCUCCCCUAAGCCCCUUUCUCCUAGAAAUUUCUCAUUGUGCUAAGUUGGCUACGAGGAGAUACUUUCAAUAAUAGCAAAAAAUAUUUUAGUUUAGUACCAAAUAACUGAAAACGGUAAAAUAAUGUCGCGUAUAUUAUACAGUUACUUAAGAAAUGUUUGAUAUGUAAACCAAGGUACAUAUUUGUUGAUCAUCUCACACGGUGUGCCUUAUCAAAAACAUAUCGCAUUAGCUUAUUAAUAUAAAAAAUAUAUACAUAUAUAUAUUUAAAAUUAAUAAAAUUAAUUCCUAAAUAAAACGUAUAAGUGCCUUCUGAAACUGCCAGUUACUAAUUAAAUAUUAAUGUACAUAGUUUUAGAUAAACCAUUAUUUUUUAUUUACGUAGAAGUCAUUUUUUCACAGAACGAUAUUUUUGGGUAGGUGUGUGACCUAGUAAUUUUAGCAACAAAUAUAUUUUUGAGUAGUUCGAAAUGUACUUAAUAUCAAUAAGGAAACAAGUAGCCUUUUGAAAAUAAAUGUAGAUAGAAGUUGUGAUUUUAUACAAUCACGUCUGUUAAGUUAUGCACAAGUAUAUAUGUACAUACCACAGUUAUGCACAAGUAGAGACCCACAGUGUAUUUUGGAAAUUAUCUAUUAUAAAAUAUAUUAUUACUACUAUAAAAAUACCGAAUUUUACUUUUUCCGAUAAAUAUAAGGGUAUCGAUUAUCAAAUUUAAGUAUGUCCAUACAGAAUUCGCUUUUUAGAUCGACCAAUAAAACCACCUAAACCUAUAAAACCACUGGACUUCGAUACAUUAUGUCCAAAAUAUAUUUAUUUUAUUUCUGUGAAAAAAUGCCAAGUCCACUAAUAAAUCUUAAGCAUUGUUAAUUUUUUUUGUAAUUAUUUUUAAUUAUUUAUUUUACAUUUUAACUAUUAAGCAUAUACAUACGAGUAGUUUCUACUUAUAGUCGAAUAAUUAACUAAAAAUUGUUUAGUUGCCAUAAAAAAUGUGUAAUAGUUUAUAAUAUUAUUUUGGUUGUUUUAUUUCUAUUUCUCGGUAAAAAAUUCAUUGCAUUUACCAAAAAAAUGAACUUGUAAUAAAAAUGUUUUAAAUUUUAA